UUGGAUCUUAUUGAUUUCCAGACUUAUGAUAGGCCAUACAUCGCGUACUGGUUGAAUCAGGGUAACUUGACAUGCCCUCGGUCCAAGGAAGUGCUCUCCUACUCUACCCUGACCCCUAAUUGUUUGGUUCGAGAAUUGAUUUCCCGCUGGUGCGGUGUAAGGGGCAUUGCAGUACCGGAAUCCCGUCAGAAUAUCAGUGGAAAAACGAUUGAUGAGGACAUUAAUUACUUAAACUCAUUGCUCCGAAAGAUGUCUUCUCCCCUUUCUGAUAGGAAGGAAGCUGCGAAAGAGCUUAUGAGACUAACAAAAGCAAGCCCAUCAAAUAGGACCGCUUUUGGUCAGAUACCUAAUGCCUUCUCUAGAUUGCUUCGUCCUCUGUCGGAAAGCAAAAUCGAGUUGCAUCCCGAUCUCCAGGAAGAUUUGAUCAGAACAGUUUUGAACCUUUCGACUGAUGACAGCAAUAAGGCAGAGAUGGGUGAAAACCCUGUUGUGAUUCCACUUCUUAUUGAAUCCGUGAAGUGUGGUACCAUUGAAACAAUAAUAAAUGCCACUGCUGCUCUCUACACAUUAACACAGCUAGAUUCGAACAAGUUGAUUAUUGGAAAAUCCAGGGCUCAUGUGACUCUACUCGAACUCCUACGCUCAGGGCAUCCAUUGGCAAUGAGGGAAGCGGCCUUGACGAUCUCCAAUCUAUGUACAGUGCAUGAGAACAAAAUACGGUUUAUUGAAAUAGGUGCGUUGCCGGUGAUCCUGCAGAUGAUCAACGAUUCCAUGCUCGUUGAUGAGCUUCUUGGCAUUUUCGCACAGCUAUCUGCAUAUUCCAAUGCCAUUGAACAGUUCAGAGAAAUCUAUAUGGUACCCUGCUUGUUUCGGAUAAUGAGAUAUAGCUACUCUGGAAGUACCAAGGAGAACUGCGUUGUCAUCCUGUUCAUUGUGUGCUCGAAAAAUGAGGCAUUUCUAAGGGAGCUCUGUAUAGAAGAAACCAACAAUAGAACUUUAGCUGAACUUGAAGAUACAGGGAUUGAAAGGGCUAAAAGGAAGGCGUUUGACCUCAUUCUUGCAAUGCGCAGGGCUCUCCCAAGUUUACGAAUAACGACUUGA